UGUUCAUCCAUCUGUCAGGUGUCGUCUAUUUCGUGGUGCAAUGCGGUGAAAAAAUUGCAGCAUUUAAUUGUAAAAUAAGUUGCAUUUCCACUAAUCGUUAUUAGUAGGGUCGUUUUUAUUUAUUUUUUAUAAUAAGCAAACACCAUGCCGGAAAGCGGUGAGAUUUAUACGUCUGAUAAGACCGGGAGCGAUGAGGCCGGGGAUGGGACAGCUGAGAAGCCUUUUAAGACCGUUCUGCAGGCCAUGCGACACGCUGGAAAGGAGCCCUUCCCUACUAUUUACGUCGACUCGAAAGACGAUGGGAAACAGUAUGACGUCGCUGCGAAGUCCCAAUUAAAGAAGAUCCAGAAAAUAUGGGUCAGAGAGAACUACAAAGCGGCUGAUAAAGCGAAGGCCGAGGAGGAGUCCAACGACAAGAGACAGCAGAACCUUGAAGAUGCGAAGAAAAUCGAAAUUAAAGAGGAUCCAAGUCUGCCGAAAGCUAAAGUCGUGAAGAUUUUCCAAGCCUCCGAAUACCGUGGCCAACGCAUAUGCGUCCGUGGAUGGGUGCAUCGUCUCCGAAGACAGGGUAAAGCCCUAACCUUCUUAACUCUCCGCGAUGGUUCCGGAUACCUGCAGUGUGUACUACACGGAGUGCUCUGUCAGACGUACAACGCUCUUGUGCUGUCAACGGAGUCAUCGGUGACAUUGUACGGAAAGUUAGAAGCUGUGCCAGAAGGAAAGACGGCACCAGGAGGUCAUGAACUCACAGCCGACUACUGGGAACUGGUAGGCCUGGCCCCGCCCGGUGGAGCUGAUGCAAUUCUCAACGAGGAAGCCUUGCCCGACGUGCAAUUAGAUAACAGGCACAUAAUGAUCCGAGGCGAGAACACUUCCAAAGUGCUGCGAGCGCGUGCGGCCGUCACGCGAGCCUUCCGGGAACACUUCGCGUCGCGUCACUACACUGAAGUCACUCCGCCCACGCUGGUACAAACGCAGUGCGAAGGAGGCAGCACCUUGUUCAAGUUUAGCUACUUUGGCGAGCAAGCAUACCUGACCCAAAGCUCGCAGCUGUAUCUCGAGACGUGUCUGGCGUCUCUCGGCGACGUGUACUGCAUUGCGCAGUCCUACCGCGCAGAGCAGUCGCGCACCAGGAGACAUUUGGCCGAAUACAGCCACGUAGAGGCCGAAUGUCCCUUCAUCACGUUCGAGGAUCUGCUAAACCGGCUUGAGGACCUGGUGGUGGACGUGGUGGACCGAGUCUUGGCCUCACCUGAGGGACAGCUGGUCUACGAACUGAACCCUAACUUCAAGAAGCCGCAGAGGCCGUUCAAGCGCAUGGCCUACACCGAGGCCAUCGAAUACUUGCGGGAACACAACAUCACUAAGGAGGAUGGGUCUUUCUACGAGUUCGGAGAGGACAUUCCCGAGAUGCCAGAGCGCAAGAUGACAGACGAGAUCGGCGUCCCGAUCCUCCUGUGCAAGUUCCCGGCGGAGAUCAAGUCGUUCUACAUGUCCCGGUGCGACGACGACGAGCGGCUGACGGAGUCUGUGGACGUGCUCAUGCCGGGCGUGGGCGAGAUCGUCGGCGGCUCCAUGAGGAUAUGGGACCACGAGGAGCUCAUGGAAGGCUACAAGCGCGAAGGCAUCGACCCGUCGCCGUACUACUGGUACACGGACCAGCGCAAGUUUGGCAGUGUCCCGCACGGUGGCUACGGACUUGGCCUGGAGCGAUUCCUGUGCUGGCUUCUGGAUCGCUACCACAUCCGCGACGUGUGCCUCUACCCGCGCUUCCUGGAGCGCUGCACGCCAUAAACUGAUUCUUAAUUCAAAUAUAACGCUUCUGACUGUC